ACAGAACCAGCCACACCCAGAGAUCCUGAGUUUUCUUUUUGUGUAUUUAUUGCAGGUCUGAUUUUCCACUGCUGCUGUUGUCUUCUGCUGUCCCCCUGUGGGUGUGACUCUCAGCUGACACCAUGAGUAGCGACUCGGAAAUGGAAGUGUUCGGCAUAGCCGCUCCCUUCCUCCGGAAGUCAGAAAAGGAGAGGAUCGAGGCUCAGAAUCAGCCCUUUGAUGCCAAAACCUACUGCUUUGUGGUCGACUCAAAGGAAGACUAUGCCAAGGCAAAAAUUAAGAGUACCCAGGAUGGGAAGGUCACAGUGGAAACCGAAGACAACCGGACCCUGGUGGUUAAACCAGAGGAUGUGUAUGCGAUGAACCCCCCCAAGUUCGACCGGAUCGAGGACAUGGCCAUGCUGACGCACCUGAACGAGCCAGCCGUGCUCUACAACCUUAAGGACCGCUACACCUCCUGGAUGAUCUAUACCUACUCGGGCCUCUUCUGUGUCACCGUCAACCCCUACAAGUGGCUGCCGGUGUAUAACCCUGAGGUGGUGGACGGCUACCGAGGCAAAAAGCGCCAGGAGGCCCCGCCCCACAUCUUCUCCAUCUCUGACAACGCCUAUCAGUUCAUGCUGACUGAUCGUGAAAACCAGUCCAUUCUGAUCACCGGAGAAUCCGGGGCAGGAAAGACUGUGAACACCAAAAGGGUCAUCCAGUACUUUGCAACAAUUGCAGCUACUGGAGACCUCGCCAAGAAGAAGGACUCCAAAAUGAAGGGGACUCUGGAAGACCAGAUCAUCAGUGCCAACCCGUUGCUGGAGGCCUUCGGGAAUGCCAAGACCGUGAGGAAUGACAACUCCUCCCGCUUUGGCAAGUUCAUCCGCAUCCAUUUUGGUACCACUGGGAAACUGGCCUCUGCAGAUAUUGAAACUUAUCUGCUGGAAAAAUCCAGAGUGACCUUUCAGCUGAAGGCUGAGAGAAGCUACCACAUCUUCUACCAGAUUCUUUCAAACAAGAAGCCUGAGCUCAUAGAGCUGCUGCUUAUUACAACCAACCCUUAUGACUACCCAUUCAUCAGCCAGGGGGAAAUCCUGGUGGCCAGUAUCGACGACGCCGAGGAGCUGUUGGCUACAGAUAGUGCCAUCGACAUCCUGGGCUUCACCCCAGAGGAGAAAUCUGGACUCUACAAGCUCACGGGCGCUGUGAUGCACUACGGGAACAUGAAGUUCAAGCAGAAGCAGCGAGAGGAGCAGGCGGAACCAGAUGGCACGGAAGUGGCUGACAAGACAGCCUAUCUGAUGGGCCUGAACUCUUCGGACCUCCUGAAAGCUUUGUGCUUCCCCAGAGUGAAAGUCGGGAAUGAGUAUGUUACCAAAGGUCAAACUGUGGAUCAGGUCCACCAUGCUGUGAAUGCCCUUUCCAAAUCAGUUUAUGAAAAGUUGUUCCUGUGGAUGGUCACGCGCAUUAACCAGCAACUGGAUACGAAGUUACCGAGACAACACUUCAUUGGUGUUUUGGACAUUGCGGGCUUUGAGAUCUUUGAGUAUAACAGCCUGGAGCAGCUGUGCAUCAACUUCACCAACGAGAAACUGCAACAGUUUUUCAACCACCACAUGUUCGUGCUGGAGCAGGAGGAGUACAAGAAGGAGGGCAUCGAGUGGACGUUCAUCGACUUUGGCAUGGACCUGGCUGCCUGCAUUGAGCUCAUCGAGAAGCCGAUGGGCAUCUUCUCCAUCCUGGAAGAGGAGUGCAUGUUCCCCAAGGCCACAGACACCUCCUUCAAGAACAAGCUGUAUGACCAGCACCUGGGCAAGUCCAGCAAUUUCCAGAAGCCCAAGGUGGUCAAGGGCAGGGCCGAGGCCCACUUCUCGCUGAUCCACUAUGCGGGCACCGUGGACUACAGCGUCUCAGGCUGGCUGGAGAAGAACAAGGACCCCCUGAAUGAGACGGUGGUCGGGCUGUACCAGAAGUCCUCCAACAGGCUCCUGGCACAUCUUUACGCCACCUUUGCGACAGCGGACGCUGACAGUGGAAAGAAGAAAGUUGCCAAGAAGAAGGGUUCUUCCUUCCAAACUGUCUCUGCCCUUUUCAGGGAAAAUCUGAACAAGCUGAUGUCAAAUUUAAGAACUACUCACCCUCACUUUGUGCGCUGUAUAAUUCCCAACGAAACAAAAACCCCAGGGGCUAUGGAACAUAGCCUUGUCCUGCACCAGCUGCGGUGUAACGGUGUCCUGGAAGGCAUCCGCAUCUGCAGGAAGGGAUUCCCAAAUAGGAUUCUCUACGGGGAUUUUAAACAAAGAUAUCGAGUGCUGAAUGCUAGCGCAAUCCCCGAGGGACAAUUCAUUGACAGCAAGAAAGCUUGCGAAAAGCUGUUGGCAUCCAUCGAUAUUGACCACACUCAGUACAAAUUUGGACAUACCAAGGUGUUCUUCAAGGCUGGCUUGCUGGGAACCCUAGAAGAAAUGCGGGAUGACCGCCUGGCCAAACUGAUCACCCGGACACAAGCUGUGUGCAGAGGGUUUCUCAUGCGCGUGGAAUUCCAGAAGAUGGUGCAGAGAAGGGAGUCCAUCUUCUGCAUCCAAUAUAACAUUCGCUCAUUCAUGAACGUCAAGCACUGGCCCUGGAUGAAACUCUUCUUCAAGAUCAAGCCCCUGCUCAAGAGUGCGGAGACUGAGAAGGAGAUGGCCACCAUGAAGGAGGAGUUUCAGAAAACCAAAGACGAACUCGCCAAGUCAGAGGCAAAAAGGAAGGAACUGGAGGAAAAAUUGGUGACUCUAGUUCAAGAGAAGAAUGACCUGCAACUCCAAGUACAAGCUGAAAGUGAAAACUUGUUGGAUGCGGAGGAAAGAUGCGAUCAGUUGAUAAAAGCCAAAUUCCAGCUGGAGGCCAAAAUCAAGGAGGUGACUGAGAGAGCUGAGGAUGAGGAAGAGAUCAACGCUGAGCUGACGGCCAAGAAGAGGAAACUGGAGGACGAAUGUUCAGAGCUCAAGAAGGACAUUGAUGACCUUGAGCUGACACUGGCCAAGGUUGAAAAGGAGAAACAUGCCACAGAGAACAAGGUUAAAAACCUUACUGAGGAACUCGCCGGAUUGGAUGAAACAAUUGCAAAGUUAACCAGGGAAAAGAAGGCCCUCCAAGAGGCCCACCAGCAGACCCUAGAUGACCUCCAAGCUGAAGAAGACAAAGUCAAUUCUUUGAGCAAAAUCAAGAGCAAACUGGAACAGCAAGUUGAUGAUCUGGAGAGCUCCCUGGAGCAAGAAAAGAAGCUCCGUGUAGAGCUGGAAAGGAACAAAAGGAAGCUUGAGGGAGACCUGAAGCUUGCCCAGGAGUCCAUAUUAGACCUGGAGAAUGACAAGCAACAGCUGGAUGAAAGGCUCAAGAAGAAGGAUUUUGAACACAGUCAACUGCAAAGCAAAGUGGAAGAUGAGCAGACUCUGGGCCUCCAGUUUCAGAAGAAAAUCAAAGAGCUACAGGCUCGCAUUGAAGAGCUGGAAGAAGAGAUUGAGGCAGAGAGGGCGACCCGCGCCAAGACAGAGAAGCAGCGCAGUGACUAUGCCCGCGAGCUGGAGGAGCUGAGCGAGAGGCUGGAGGAGGCGGGAGGCGUCACCUCCACGCAGAUAGAACUGAACAAGAAGCGGGAGGCCGAGUUCCUGAAACUGCGCAGGGACCUGGAGGAGGCCACGCUGCAGCAUGAAGCCACGGUGGCCGCUCUGCGGAAGAAGCACGCGGACAGCACAGCUGAGCUCGGGGAGCAGAUAGACAACCUGCAGAGGGUCAAGCAGAAGCUGGAGAAAGAGAAGAGCGAGUUCAAGCUGGAGAUCGACGACCUCUCCAGCAACGUGGAGAGUGUGUCGAAAUCUAAGGCAAAUCUGGAAAAAAUAUGCCGCACUCUGGAGGAUCAGUUAAGUGAGGCCAGGGGCAAGAACGAGGAAAUUCAGAGGAGCAUGAGUGAGCUGACCACACAGAAGUCUCGUCUGCAGACCGAGGCUGGCGAGCUGAGUCGUCAACUGGAAGAAAAGGAAAGCAUCGUAUCCCAACUUUCCAGGAGCAAGCAAGCAUUUACCCAACAAAUAGAAGAGCUCAAAAGGCAGUUGGAGGAAGAGAGUAAGGCCAAGAGUGCCCUGGCCCACGCCCUGCAGUCUUCCCGCCAUGACUGUGACCUCCUGCGGGAACAGUACGAGGAGGAGCAGGAAGGCAAGGCCGAGCUGCAGAGGGCGCUGUCCAAGGCCAACAGCGAGGUUGCCCAGUGGAGGACCAAGUACGAGACGGACGCCAUCCAGCGCACGGAGGAGCUGGAGGAGGCCAAGAAAAAACUUGCUCAGCGCCUUCAAGAUUCUGAGGAACAGGUUGAGGCAGUGAAUGCUAAAUGUGCCUCCUUGGAGAAGACCAAGCAGAGGCUGCAAGGGGAGGUCGAGGAUCUGAUGGUUGAUGUUGAAAGAGCCAACUCCCUGGCUGCUGCUCUGGACAAGAAACAGAGGAACUUUGACAAGGUGCUCGCCGAAUGGAAGACAAAGUGUGAGGAGAGCCAGGCAGAGCUGGAGUCGUCUCUGAAGGAAUCCCGCUCCUUGAGCACCGAGCUCUUCAAACUGAAAAAUGCCUACGAAGAGGCCUUAGAUCAACUUGAAACCGUGAAACGAGAAAAUAAGAAUUUAGAGCAGGAGAUAGCCGAUCUCACAGAACAAAUUGCUGAAAAUGGUAAAACCAUCCAUGAACUGGAGAAAUCAAGAAAGCAGAUCGAGCUGGAAAAGGCUGACAUCCAGCUGGCUCUUGAGGAAGCAGAGGCUGCCCUUGAGCAUGAAGAGGCCAAGAUCCUCAGAAUCCAGCUUGAACUGACACAAGUGAAAUCAGAAAUCGAUAGAAAGAUGGUGGAGAAAGAUGAAGAGAUCGAGCAGCUGAAGAGGAACUACCAGAGGACAGUGGAAACGAUGCAGAGCGCCCUGGACGCAGAAGUGCGGAGCAGGAACGAGGCCAUCAGGAUCAAGAAGAAGAUGGAGGGGGAUCUGAAUGAAAUCGAGAUCCAGCUGAGCCACGCCAACCGCCAGGCUGCAGAGACCCUCAAGCACCUCCGGAGUGUCCAGGGACAGCUGAAGGACACCCAGCUGCACCUGGAUGACGCUCUCCGGGGCCAGGAGGACCUGAAGGAGCAGCUGGCCAUCGUGGAGCGCAGAGCCAACCUGCUGCAGGCCGAGGUGGAGGAGCUGCGGGCCUCUCUGGAGCAGACCGAGAGAGCCCGGAAACUGGCCGAGCAGGAGCUCCUGGAUUCCAACGAGAGGGUGCAGCUGCUGCACACCCAGAACACCAGCCUCAUCCACACCAAGAAGAAGCUAGAGACAGACGUCACGCAGCUCCAGAGCGAGGUAGAAGAUGCCAGCAGGGAUGCAAGGAAUGCUGAAGAGAAAGCAAAGAAGGCCAUCACGGACGCGGCCAUGAUGGCUGAGGAGCUGAAGAAGGAGCAGGACACCAGCGCCCACCUGGAGCGGAUGAAGAAGAACCUGGAGCAGACGGUGAAGGACCUGCAGCAGCGUCUGGAUGAGGCCGAGCAGCUGGCCCUGAAGGGUGGGAAGAAGCAGAUCCAGAAACUGGAGACCCGGAUCCGAGAGCUGGAGUUUGAGCUGGAAGGGGAGCAGAAGAAGAACACUGAGUCUGUCAAGGGCCUGAGGAAAUAUGAGCGGCGGGUCAAGGAGUUAACUUACCAGAGUGAAGAGGACAGGAAGAACGUGCUGAGACUACAGGACCUGGUGGACAAACUGCAAGUGAAGGUCAAGUCCUACAAGAGGCAGGCCGAGGAGGCUGAUGAACAAGCCAACGCUCAUCUCACCAAAUUCCGAAAAGCUCAACAUGAGCUGGAGGAGGCAGAAGAACGUGCCGAUAUUGCAGAAUCUCAAGUCAAUAAGCUUCGCGCUAAGACCCGAGACUUCACCUCCAGCAGGAUGGUGGUCCAUGAGAGCGAAGAGUGAGCGAUGCUCUUGAGCAGGACAGAAGAUAUGCACAAUGUAUAUUUUCAUGGUUCCUGACCAUUAUACUUAAUUUCCAUGUGACCGCUUUUCACAUGCAAUAAACUUGGUUUUCAACUUGG